CUGCUCUUUACUGACAGUAGCUUCACCUGGACAACCCCGGGGGCGAGGCCUCAGGGCCUCACACUGAAUAUAAGGACGUGACAUUGUGAGACAAAACACCUGUGGCUGCAGAUCUCCAAGAGCAUCUCAAAUCUUGAAAUCAACCUUCUUCACACACAGAGAUGCUUCUCUCUGUUCUUUUUCUGCUGGGCUUGUGCCUGGUGCCUGCUCACUCCAAACCAUCAGGACAAUAUUUCGGCAGUCCUCUCCUUCAGCAGAGUUUUGAGGAUGCUAAGAAACUAGUGGAUCAUGCUUACAAGUACUCCAGAGAAGAGAGUCUGAGAAGAGUUCGCAAGGCAGUGGUGCGCCCUCACGAUGCUCUCCGUCUCCUCAAGCAGCCUCGCGCUAACACUCGCAUAGCUGUGAGAUCUGCAGACUAUAUGGCACAAACCCUCCGUCUGCUGCAAGAGCGGACACAUCACAUUCACAAACGCUCCCUCAAUGCAACAGAUUUACUCACUGAAGAAGACCUGAGACGCCUUUCUGAAAUAACUGGGUGUGCAGCUCGAGUCACUCUUCCAGAAUGUCUCACCACACCAAACCUCAACAAGUACCGCACAGCCAGCAGUAUCUGCAACAACCUAAAUAACCCUCGUUUCGGAGCCUCCAACACACAAUUUACUCGGUGGCUACCUGCUGAGUAUGAUGACGGCAUAGCUGAACCGAAAGGCUGGAACGUAAACCGAACUUUCAACAACUUCAUGCUCCCACUGGUGCGUCAAGUGUCAAACAACAUCCUAAGCACAUCGGAUGCAGGCGUGGUGAACGAUUCAGAUUUCACUCACAUGGUGACCUUGUUUGGGCAGUGGAAUGACCACGAUCUCACCUUCACGCCCUUCUCCCCUAGCAUCGUCUCUUUCAGCAGCGGGAUAGACUGUGAGGAGAGUUGCGAGAAAACUGAGCCAUGCAUCCCCAUUCCGAUCCCUCCUGGUGACCCCCGCCUGCCUAGCGGUCCAGACAGCUGCAUCCCUUCAUUCAGAUCUGCCCCAGUUUGUGGAACCGGAUUUUCGGCCUACAACUUUGGUGGAGAACCUGCAAAGAGGGAGCAGAUCAAUGCCCUGACAGCCUUCCUGGAUCUCAGUCAGGUGUACGGCUCUGAGGAGAAUCUUGCAUUAAAUCUUCGCAACCUCAGCAGUGGUGACGGUCUGCUGCGGGUGAACACGGAGUUCAGAGAUAACGGCCGGGAGCUGCUGCCCUUCCACACUCUACAGGAGAACAUGUGCGCCACUCGUAGAAACGUCACCAACAACGCCAACGCCAGAGAGGUGCCCUGUUUCCUUGCAGGUGACGUCCGCGUUGAUGAGAACAUCGCUCUGACUUCUAUUCACACGCUGUUCAUGCGGGAGCAUAACCGCCUGGCUCGUCAGCUAAAGCGUUUGAACCCACAGUGGGACAGUGAGACCCUCUACCAAGAGACCCGCAAGAUUAUGGGUGCCUACACACAGGUGUUUGUGUUCAGGGACUACCUGCCACACAUUGUGGGCGACAGAGCAAUGGCCACAAAGCUCGGCCGCUACCCCGGCUACAAUCCCAAUGUUGACCCCAGCAUCGCCAACGUCUUUGCAACAGCCGCUUACCGCUUUGCCCACUUGGCCAUCCAGCCAGUCCUGUCUCGUCUUGAUGCAAACUACAGGGAGAACUCUCAGUUCCGCAGUGUUCCUCUGUUCCGGGCCUUCUUCGCCCCCUGGAGAAUCGUCUUUGAGGGUGGCAUUGACCCUCUGCUCCGUGGUUUGGUUGGACGCCCUGCUAAACUAAACACUCAGGAUCACAUGUUGGUCGACGCUCUGAGGGAGAGGCUGUUCCAGUUUGUGCAGCAUCUGGCUCUGGACCUGGGUUCUCUCAACAUGGAGAGGGGACGUGACCAUGGCUUGCCUGGCUACAACUCGUGGCGAAAGUUCUGUGGCCUGUCAGCGCCCACAAACCAGGCACAACUUGCUCAGGUUCUGAACAACACUGACCUGGCCAGGAGGCUGCUGGAGCUCUAUGGUACACCUGAAAACAUUGAUAUCUGGCUGGGAGGUGUGGCAGAGCCAUUUGUGGCCGGUGGUCGUGUUGGACCUUUGUUUGCCUGCCUCAUUGCAGAACAGUUCAAGAAGAUCCGCCAAGGUGACAGACUUUGGUACGAGAACCCAGGUGUCUUCACACAGAGACAGAAAGCUGCUCUGUCCAGAGCUUCAUUAUCAAAGAUCAUUUGUGACAACACUGGAAUCACAACGAUCCCCACUGACCCGUUCAAGGUGGAAUCACGCAGGAACCGACGUGUUAACUGCGCAGCCAUUCCGAAUCUGAACCUGACGGCCUGGAGAGAGCGUUGCACAGACGCUGAUGGUGGCUGUAAUGAAGUCAAUACAACAGAGAAUGUGAGCGAGGACCAAGAGACCCUGGACCAAGAGGGCCCCGAGGACAACGAGGUCCAGUAGGACCCCCUGGCCCCAGAGGCCCCCCAGGACCGAUAGCACUCAACAUUAAUGCUUCACAGCCACAAUCUGCUUUCUCCGUCCUCCUGGGCAAGUACAGCUCAACUUCAGAGAAAAUCAUUCACUUCCGUCGCAUCAUCUACAAUGAACAGAA